GCUCUGUGAAAUGAUCGGCUGUUCUAUUCCUCUUCUCGCGUCGACGGCGUGCGGCCUCGGCGCUGCGCCGUCUCGGAGUGCGACGGAAUCGUGCGCCGCGGCGAGGCGUUGUGGUCGGGUUUACUCGGCUUGUUUUGUGUUCGGUUGGUACGGUUAGGACUAGUGGACGCUGCGAGCCGGUGAGCUAGCGUGUAAGACCACUAGCAAAAGGACAAAAAGCAAGCAAGCGAGGGCUGGCUUUGAGCUAGCGCCUCAGCGCCUGUGGCUCGUGCAAAAGCAUGGCGUUCCACACGUCGCACGACAGCAGCCAUGACGCACCAGCAAACAAACGACGAGGCAUGAGACAAGAGCAUGGGUGAGCUGCUGCAGUAGCUGCGGAGACAGGCACUGCUGCCAAGCACUCACACGACAGCGGCGAUGCCGCCGCCGCGCGGUCCGCCGCGACGACCGCCAAGGGCGCAGGCGCAGUACGCGGCCCACGCUUUACAACAGCACGGCGCGCUGCCGCCGCGGCCGCCUCCCGCGGACCCGGCUGUAACAACGGCCAUUGAGGUGCUCGAGGCCUCGGCGAGAUAUGCGGAAUCGCAAAUAGAUGUCCGUUCUAGAGAUGCGGCGGUGGACGCGGCGUUGGGUGCUUGCGCACGGGCUUUGUCUCGAGGCGAAGUACCACUAGUCGCGCCCGCCGCACAAGCGGCGGCAAGAGUCGCCCAACUCGCGUCGGGCGCGCCGAACACCUUGCCACGAUUAGCACAAUUAGUGGAUCAAUUAGUAGGAUGGGCUUUAGACGUGUCGAUGGAACGGCGCGACGCGAGAGCAUUAACAGACAAUUUAGCACGGUUCGGGCUGAACUGCUGGCGGUCCGAACGAGUGGUCGCUCAGACGUUAGUGAGAAACCUGGACCAGGACCUGUCGCGACUAUCAGCAUCAGCCAGAGACGAAACGCAAGUGAUACAAGUCGCAAGUGUAGCGCGAUGCUUGUCCGCCGUCCUGAGGAAUCUCGAGCGAGAUGCAGCUCAUGCCCAGACCUGUUCAAGGUUUGUGGAUGCCUUGUUAAGCGCAAGGACUGCGGCCCAAGAGCCUCAUGCGUGGGAUGACGUCUGCCACGAGCUCUGUAUUGAUUUACUGAAAGGGUCUGACUUUCGGUUGAUAGAACAGCCGUAUGGGCGGUGUUUGGAACAGCAAUUGACAGCUGUGACGACGCACGCCCUCGACGCGGUAGGUGCGGACUCUUCCAAAUCAUCGGCGAAGCACGCUCGGAGAUGUGGCAGAGCCGCGGGCCGCGUCGCGGCCUGGCUGUCCGUCCAAGGACCUCUGAGUGGUGGUGGGGCUUCGGAAAUUCUAGGCGCUUGUUUAGAUUCAACUCCUUCGAACGUCAGUACGGCCUUCCGCGACUGUCGACGAAGUCUAGUAAUACAGGACGCCAACAAGGAACCAUAUACAACGUUAUUUGAAGCGAGGAAGAAACUAGCGAAAGCAUUGGCGGCGCUAGCGACUCUCGCGAGGCAACCUGAAAGGGUAGCAAGGGCCGCUUCCAUAGCUACCGACGCCGACGAUUAUGCUUUUUUCUUAGAUGCCGCUCUACGAGAUGUAGAUGGUUCUGCGCGCUUAUGCGAGGCAGCCCCUCAAAACAAUAACAGGGACAACUGGGACGCGUGGUGCCGCACAGCUUCUUCUGUUGCCAAGGGCGCGGCGCAGCCAGCUAGAUCGAGAGGUGCCGGAGCGGCGGCGCGACGAGAAGCAUUAGAGAAGGCCCUGCAAGCGUUAUGUAACGCGCCAUCCUUCGAGGGCGAGUGCUUUCAAGCGCUCACAGCUCUCUGCGACGCGCUACCGCAUGGAGCAGGUGUGAAAGCUCUAGAAACGCGCGAGGCCCUCGCUACGAAAGCGCUACCCUCCUUGAUAAAGCGACUUAGAAGGAGACCUGUCUCGAAUAAAGAUCUCAAUCACGCGGGGCCUGCCUUCGCGGCUUGUGCGUCUCGGUUAGCGUCUGGAGACGACCAGUACGUCGACAGCGCAGCAACUGCCUCGUUACAAGUCAUUACGAGCUUGGGCGGCGGCGGCGACGGCUCCGUGGCGUGUAUCCGCGGUCUCGGCCGGCCGAAGGCGGAAGGAGAUAGAGACGCUACAUUACAACUAGUCUCGAGGGCCCAGGAAAGUUCAUCAGGUGACCUCGCGGCCUUAUUUGUUGAGGACACUACUGAUGACACACAACCCUUAGAAGUGGCCGUCAUCGACCUCGAGGAGCACGUCACUCCAGCGCUCAAAACGAGACACGAGCGCGACGGCGACGCGCGAGCUUGUUUAUUGGCUUUGCUGCGGCCGCAGACGCGCGUCUCCGUCUCGAAGAGCACGACGCCGCACAAGAAGGGUAAAAGACCACCUGCUUUACUGUUGCGGAGACCGGGGACGCCCCCACCUGAUACAGACGACGACGACGACUCCGCUGCUCACCGCGCGCGAGCGGCGGCACCUUCAGCAUUCGCGAAGACGGCCGCGACGCAGAUCGUCUCACAGCUGCUGCGGAGUUGUCUAGGGGACCCUGCUCAGACGUUGGAACGUAUUAGUAAUGAUGCCAAGGAAGCUGCUAUGAGAGGUGACCGUGCACAACGAGUGAACAUUUUAGCGUUGGUGGAUGCUCUGGAACGGGAGAUGGGCAGGGUCGCGGAAACGCGGCCCUCGACGCUUCCCGACGACGUUCAAGUGUUACUAGGUAACAAUGAAUCUGAUGGGGAAGAAGAAGACAACCGGCCGCCCUGGGAGGUGGCCUUCUUCUUCCGGCAGAACCGGAAAGUGUGUGAUGCCUGGCUGUCACAAAUAAGAAAGGACGCGGCGGUCUGUGCUUUAAGAAGCGGUUCAUUUGCGCAGGCCUCGUACCACGCGGCCCACGACUGUUCGGCCUGUGCUCUCCAACUAAAAGAGGUGCGCGCCAAAGUUACGCAAUCAAAGAAGACGCCCAAGGCUGAGAUUGAUGCGAUCCGACGGUUCGAGGACGCGUUGGCGGUGUUGGCGUUAGCUCGGACGGCGCUCGGUGAUGGGGCCGGUGUUCGUGGUUUGCACCGGUGGCACCGCGACGUCGCCGAUAGUAGUGAUGGGAAGAGAAGAGGGUGGUGGCUCGAAGCGGCCGCAGAUGUUUGUAUCAGUGUUGUUACUUUAUAUAUAGGACGCGCAUGACGAAGAAUUUAUUAACCGAACAGAUAUCUGACUUCAUCUGAUUAUAUUUCAAACCAAUUCUCCGCCGACGCGUCGUUCCUUUCACACAUAUCGUUCGAUGUGUGAUAUCCGCAACUCACACUUUAUAACAUAGGUCGCCGCCGGCCGCCACGCGGCGGCCCUGACGACCAUUGCUCAGCGUUCUUUAAGUGACGACUGCCGCGCCGCCGCCGUCACUACUGCGUUAGAACUCGCCGCGAGAUCAAGAGCCGCCUUAGGUCGACGCGACGACGACGCCUUCCGAGCCAUAUUAGAGCGAAGGAAGAACCUCGAGAAGCAGUCCAAUAAGACGCUGCUCGCGGCCUUCGAGGGCAAGCAGGCGGCGCUCGCUCUUGGACGGUGGACAGCGCCACACGUGAUGUGCCGCGGCGACCCCGUCGACUUGUCCGUGCGGAAAGCCGUGAGUGCGGACACGCAAACUAGGUUGGCGCUGACGGACAUCUGCGCGAAGUUAAGGGAUGCCAAACCUGCUGACGGUCCCUUCGGUAGAUAUGCUCGCUCGUUGUCUGUCGCGGCGCGAGCCGCAACGGCGGCAGCGACAAACUUCCCCGGCCCCUGUUACGGUCGAGGCGACGCGUUAAGACGCUUACGACGAGCUACUGAUGCAGGAUGGGCCCGUCCGGUCAUCGGCGUCGCGCAGGCUUUUAGUGAUAACGUCCAGAGGACGCAACGCGCGGUGGAGGCGUGUGAAUUGGAGGCCGCCGCGUCGGUCUGUUGUCGGCGGAACGAUGAUAGAGACGCGGCGGAGGACUACCUCGCUUCAUUAACGGCGAGAGCCGCUCUCGUAAGGGAGCAUGGGUCGAGGCACUGGAGACUAGUUGAUGGCGCCCCUUUGCAUGUCCUUGUGGAAAGGUGCCACCUCACGAAACCGGGCACGUUUCGCGCGCUGAAGAACGCCGCGCGAUUAGUUGAACAUGCUUGUUUGUUGCGAGAACAGGCCGGCCCGCCUACUCUGAGGACAUUAACGGUAUUAACCGAGCAAGACUCCCCUAAACUACCUCUCAAGCGAUUCCUCGAACCUGACAGAAUUGUUGGAGCACCGGUUGAUGUUGCGUCCGACAAAUUACAUUUCUCGGCGCGGUGGCUCCGCAAGGCCUGCCGGACGGCUCUUAAAGUCACGACGAAUAUCGAUUGGGACGCGGCGUUGACGGAAGCCGCACAACGUUGCUGUCUAGCGACCGGAGCUUUAUCUUCGAACAAUGGGCCCGUCGACCUGCUGCGAGCUUGUGUGAGAGCAACACCGGCCGACGCGAAGUCCUGGCUCGAGCUAGGGCGGUGGACGGAGUCUUCACUAAAUGACGUCGACGAGGCGAGGCACGCCUACGCUAGGUGUUUGCAGGUAGGAGGUCUCUCGGCAAAACUAGCUAGUAUUGCUGGUGCGCGUUUAAUACAAGCUAGUGAAGACGCCAAGGGCUUGGACGAGCUCGCCGACGACACGCCGACGAACGCCUGGGUGUCCGUAGCCCCACAGUUACUCGGAGCGGCCUUCACGCCGUCCUCGACCUACUCGCCCACAAGACCUUGGUUCCGGUUAUUAAGACGCGUGGCUCUCGAACGGCCGGAGGUCGUCGCCCAUGCUGUGGUGGUGGCCUGUCGCGAGGCGAAGCGAGAUAAAGCGGCUCUGCUGGAGGACGGGACCACAAAGCCAUGGUUCCGAGGCGGCGCGGCGACUCGUACCUUACGAGCCGAACUUGCACUGUCGGGGGCGACGACGCGAGCGUUGUUGGCCGGUUCCGAGUUGUUAGCUGAUGAGCUACAUACUGUCGCUACUUUACCGGAGGAUCGGUGGUGCUUAGCUCUGUCUCGACGCACCUGUGCGGAGUUACGAGACGCCCAACACUCCCUGCGACGAGAGUUAGCUCGUUCCUUGGUCGUGUUUACAUCAAAUGACACGACACCAGUCCCCGAAUCCCUGAACAAAGAUAGGCUCGAGGAGCUCAUCGACAGUGUCCUCUUCAAGCGGAAAUGUCUGGCGAGGCCCUUUUUGCGGUUACUAGAUAAAGCCGUCGACGAUUUAAUACAGGACAAGGACUUUCCUACAGAACAUGCGCAGGAAUUCCACCACGUCGCGCGGGCGGCCGUCGCUGCCGCGCGCGAAUCGCUAGAAAGUCCACCACGUUCGGUAGUGAGGGAAUGGUGCCGCGGCGACCGGAUUACGGGAGUAGAUGGGUUUGGCGGUGCUAUUGAUGCGUUCGCUAAAUUACGCGGGGAUGAUAUACAGCAGUGGUCUCCUGAGAGUGUCGCGCCUCGAUUGACGCAAGGCCUUUCCAGUGAGGAACAAGUCUCGUUACCGGUAGCUUGUACUCCAAAAGCAAGAUUACUAUCUUUGACUGGUUCUGUCAGAGCUCUAGCCUCACGUACGCGGCCGAAGAAAAUACAUGUGGCUUGCGACGACGGCCUGACGAGAGCCUUCCUACUCAAAGGAAGGGAAGACGUCCAUUUAGACGCUAGAGUGAUGCAACUAUUACAAUGUGUGGGAUGGGCCACGAAGGCGUCGAUCAACAGGUACGCGGUGCUACCUCUCUCGCGUAGUUCAGGCCUCAUCGAGUGGGUGCCUAGAACUACACCCUUAUUUACGUUGUAUGAAAGGUGCCAAAAAAACAGGAGACUGACGAAGGCCAUCGGCAUCCGCCAGAAAAGAUUGAGCGACGAGGCUAGUAAUAACAAUAAGAAGAAGCGGUCGCCGCGAAAGCCAAAGGGAGAGGAGAUCGAGCGGGACGCGGCGCCGUCGCACCUGUGGCGGCUGGCUCUGUCGCGACGGAACAUCGACCCUUCGAAACGCAACGAGUGGGACCUUUCUAAGAUACGUUCCGCGUACGACGAACUGGCGGCCGACGCGCCUUCUGAACUCGUAGAUCGAGCUCUAGCAAGGGCGCAAUCUUCAUGUUCAGACUACGUGCGAGCUCGAAGGAUCUACGCGGAGUCGCUGGGGACGUCUUGCGUCGUAGCACAUGCUCUCGGAUUAGGGGAUCGGCAUCUCGACAAUGUACUGCUAGACGCUUCAUCGGCGAAGCUGUGGGACGUCGACUGGGGCGUUUGUUUCGACGCGGGUCAUCGGUUGAGAGUGCCGGAAAAGGUGCCGUUUCGCUUGACGCCGUGUGUUGCACGACCCUUGGGUCCCGAAGGUGCUUCUAGAUCAGGCGUGUUCGUGGAGUCGGCGCAUCGAUUGGCCUCUUCACUAGCAGGCGACGCGGGCCAAUCGUUGGCGGAACUACUUGCUUUAUGCUGUCGCGACGCGAGAGUCGAGUGGCGCGCGACGCGGGGCCCGGCUCGGAUCAAAAACAAGGAGCGCGACGAAGGAGCGAAGCAACGAGGUGUCUUAGCGUUGGCGUCCGCAAGACUCUGGGAGGACCGGCGUUCGCUCCGAGCGGACGCUUUGAAGAGAUCCGAGGCCGUCAAAGCUUGUCUCGACGCCCGAUACGCCUCCAUCGACGCCUCAAAACUCAAAGACGAACCGGAGGAGGAUGAUAUUCAGAGACCGAAGCAGGCCGAGCUCGCGCACGCCACGAAGGAGACGAAGCGGUUAUUAGCUCAGAAACGCGAAGCUGAACGCUCCAGAGCGGACGCGUCGGACGCCGUAUAUAAUUCUAAGAUGGCUUUGGACGAAGCUCUGUCAAGAAGCGCUACUGAACGUCAACGACGGAUCGAUGCUAGGUUUAAGUUAUCUACAGGUGACGACACGCUAGCUACGUUGGCUGCUACGUUGCGAGCAGCUGCGGCGGGCGCGGUUGGUGUCCCAGAACCAAACUUGGAAUUACUUCGCCGAAUCUUCGAGACGCGGCCGGAUCUGCGAGACGUCGUGGCGGCGUUACGAGAUGAUAAUUUGUUGAGUGACGGCAUCCGAGCCGCGAGGGACCAGGUCCUGCAAAACGGCUCCAUGUUCGCUUUUCAAGGGUAUGAAAAUACGAAUGAAAAGGAAGACAUGCGUGUUUUGGAGACGAUCCAUGCGGCUCUGUUGAGGACGCCGCCGGACCCGCGGCCGGCGUGUCGGGAUGCGGCCACGGCGCUGGAGCGAGCUUCAGAAGCUCUACGCAGUGCCGCACCCUUGGUUGCGGCUGACGAAUCCACGGAAGAUCAGAAUGGAGACGCUUUUGCUCAUGCCACAUCGCUAGAAGAGUUUUUAGGCGAGGCCGAAGCUAGGUUAGCCCUAGCUCGCGACCUCGUCGAGGGCUCGGCCGCACCUCUGAGAAGCGAUAGGAUAGCGUACGCGUUGCAGGUCCUAGAUACGGCGAAAGAUAACGCUCGAUCACGAGUGAGGGACCAGAUCAACGACGACGCCUUCGUUGGCGCCCUCAAGUCGCUACGACGCGCCCUCGACGCGACGGACGCGCUGCAAAGCAUGAGUCAGAGGCCGGUCGUGAGCGCUUCGGCAAGGUGCCAGCGGUCCGUGUCGCGGCUGCGAGACGUCGACUCUUCCUCAAAUAAUGAUGACGCUUUGGUAGAUGCUGCUUGUCAAGCGCGAGCAGCACUCGACGAUAGUGAUGUAAGAGACGCCUCAUGUUUACAUGAAGAUGACCGUUCCAUACGCAUCGCGGCGCGUUUAGACUCGCUGAGGGAUGCGGCCGUCGGCUUAGAUCAGCUCCUGGAUCAAUAUGAUACCAGUCAGGAUAUAUUACAUCACAUUGCAAGAGGCUGCGACGCGGCGAAACGCCUAUCGAGGGAUGCCGCUAGACUAUUCGCGGCCUCGGCGCUGUCAAGACCAUCCGACGAUAAAGCUCGAGCGUGGCGAGCGAGAGCGUUCCAUGCUGCUGAUGAUAGUGAAAACUGGCGCGCGUGUCUAUCGUCGGUACGAGAAGAAGCUCCUGAUGAUGACUUGUUGAUCCAAGCCCUGGACGCGCUCUGGGCGCCUCUCGCCGGUGCGUUGCGCGCUUGUAAUGCCGAGGACGAGGGCAUCGGGCAUGCGAGACGGGGCUUGUUGGCAGCUAGAGAUUUAACUGGUGACGACGCCGAGCGGUCGGCCGGGUGUGCCUUAUCCGAAGCGGCGUCUGCCGGUGCGGCGCCCCUAGAAAAACUUCUACUGAAGGAAAUAGAGGCCUUCGCCAGCAAACUGCCGGCCACCGCAUCGAGGUCGGACGCGGCCGUCUUGCUAUCGGCGUCUUGCGCGGCGGCGCAGCUCAAGCACCUCCUGAUGGAGCCGACGGAGUUAAACAUGAUCCUCCAGCAUUUACAAAGACGCUGGUCGCGCUUUGACCAAGCGUGCGACUCAUAUACAUCUAGAAGAGGUGCAGAGGUCGUGAAGGCGGCGCAUCAAAUCCAAGCGCGGUCGCCGACGGGGCUCGAAGGUGCCGCAUUAAAUGCUUUACGUAGAGCGUCGGACCGCAUUUCGUUAGGAGAGGCCGCGCGGUCGUCGUUGCAUGCCGCUCGUCAAACACUAGAGACGGGCUUGCGUGCCUUGGACUCGGCCCAACCUUUUGGUGCGUUGGGUUUGUUAGACGAACUGCAACCUCGCGUUCCAAGAGGAGACGGCUCCUGGGAGCAGCGGCUCAACAAGAGGCGGGACGCCGUCCUUACGGUACGAAGGUGGGUCGCCGAGGCGAUGGACGCCUGCGACGUCGUCUCGAGCUUGCCGGAUCUCGGUGGUGUUAUCAAUGGUGAUAACGUCAAUGAUCUACAGGACGCCCUGAAGCAUGCGCAACAGUACUUCGAUGCCGGUGCGAGGAUCGGCGACGCCGCGGAUGCGGCCUACGCCGCCGCGCAGGCCCACUUAGCGUCAUUGCGAGAACGAGAAAGAAAGGCCACCGCCAGUAAAGGUGCUUUAGGGAACGCCGCUCGCAAGGUGCGGUUCGCCAAAAAGAAGCUGCGGGAACGACAGGCCGGCGAUGGGAGAGUGUGGAACGUGCUUCGAGGGCGGACCGCGGACCUCGGCGCGCUCUUUACUUCCGACAGUGUAGCAGCGGCCGAAGCGAAGGACCUGGAGGCGCGGUUCUGGGAGCUCGAUAGGGCUGAUUCGCAGUCGUCGAAGUUAAUUAUUACGGAGGGUGAAAGUGUCGUGUUGGCCGUCGAGGACCUGGAGGCCUUCGAGAAGGGGUCCAAGAGCAGUACGACUACGUUACCGUUCCAUCGCCAAAGGGUCGAUACGAUCACGCGCGAGUUUGGCGAGAAGGCUAGUCAGCUUGUUGAAUCGGCGGCGCCGUCCGAGUUGGACGUCAAGCCGCUCAAGGCCACGGACCGGACCUCCGUAGCGACCUUGGUGGCUCGCUUACUCCGGUUAGCUGACCGGGGGACUUCGCAGGGCCUCGCCCUCGACGACAACAUUCAGAGGGACCUGAAACGAGCUCCGCCCUUGUCGUCGCCGGAGACCGACGAGGAGACGGACAAGCCGGCGUCGCCGCGUCCCCAAGUGUCGCGCGAGGGCGCCGCCGAGGACGCCUUAGAAACGACGCGCGCGAAACUCGCUUCUUAUGAAGACGCGGCGGUUGUCGACGACCUGGUGAAGACGGCGACGGAUCCCGCCGUGCUCUGCCGCAUGUACGAGGGGUGGGCGCCCUGGGUCUAGGUGACCCGGUUGCUCCUGCCCGCGUAACUGGGAUUUGCGGCACUUUUCUAGAAAUUCACAAUUAAGAUAAGCUCAUCAGCCGCCCCGCCGCGUCGCAGACCGGAGCUUCUUUCCGCGUGAGCAAAUACGUCGUCUCGAAGAAGUAGUCGCAGCCGCGCUCGCGCCAGGACGGCUCGAGGGGCAUGCGGUCCUCGCGCUUGAGCACCUAUGUGGAAAUCAAAUUUCGGGCGCCCCACGCCAUCGACGCGAUAUUUUCUCCGUAGCUGCGUCUGCUCGAUGGCAUGAAGUUUCCAGGC